UCCCUUGGACACAGCAGAUCACCGAUCAACGGAAAAAGUCGAAGAUGUCGGAUCAGUUAUGUGAUCAGCUGUGUCCAAUCACAGCUUAUCGCAUGUGCCCUGAUGAUCAGUGUAGCCCCAGAAUUGCCACCUGUCAGUGUCUAUCAAUUCCAGCUGUCAGUGCUCAUCAAUGCCACCUGUCAGUGCCACAUCAAUGCCACAUAUCAGUGCCUACCAGUGCACAUCAAUGCCACAUAUCAGUGCCCAUCUGAGCUGCCUUUCAGUGCCACCUAUCAGUGCCAGUCAGUACCACCUAUCAAUGCCAGUCAGUGCCACUCAUCAGUGCUGCCAAUCAGUGCCGCCUAUCAG